AGGGGCGGGACUUGAGAACGGAGGCGGGGCCUGGAGGGAGGAGGCGGGGCCUCCGGGCAGGCGCGGCCGGAAGUGGUGGCGCGGGCGCCCAGCGUCGGCGAUGGGCACGUCCCUGGACAUUAAGAUUAAGCGGGCCAACAAGGUUUAUCAUGCCGGGGAGGUGCUCUCAGGGGUGGUGGUCGUCUCCGGGAAGGACGCGGUGCAGCACCAGGGCCUGUCCCUGACCGUGGAGGGCACCGUGAACCUCCAGCUCAGCGCCAAGAGCGUGGGCGUCUUCGAGGCCUUCUACAACUCCGUGAAGCCCAUCCAGAUCCUCAACAGCACCAUGGAGAUGGUGAAGCCGGGCAAGUUCCCCAGCGGCAAGACGGAAAUCCCCUUCGAGUUCCCCCUGCAUGCGAAGGGCGGCAAAGUCCUCUACGAGACCUACCACGGCGUGUUCGUCAGCAUCCAGUACACUCUGCGCUGUGACAUGCGGCGCUCUCUGCUGGCCAAGGACCUGACCAAGACCUGUGAGUUCAUCGUCCACUCGGCCCCGCAGAAGGGGAAGUUGACCCCGAGCCCCGUGGACUUCACCAUCACCCCUGAGACCUUACAGAACGUCAAAGAGCGCGCCCUGCUCCCCAAGUUCCUCAUCAGGGGCCACCUCAGCUCCACCAGCUGCGCCAUCACGCAGCCGCUGACGGGCGAGCUGGUGGUGGAGAGCUCGGAGGCGGCCGUGCGCAGCAUCGAGCUGCAGCUGGUGCGCGUGGAGACGUGUGGGUGCGCGGAGGGCUACGCCCGCGAUGCCACGGAGAUCCAGAACAUCCAGAUCGCGGCCGGCGACGUGUGCCGAGGCCUCCCCAUCCCCCUGCACAUGGUCUUCCCACGCCUCUUCACCUGCCCCACGCUGGAGACCACCAACUUCAAAGUGGAGUUUGAGGUGAACGUGGUGGUGCUGCUGCAGGCCGACCACCUCAUCACCGAGAACUUCCCGCUGAAGCUCUGCCGGGUGUAGCCGUGGAGCCGCGGGCAGGAGGAGGCGCCGGCGACGCCCCGAGGCACCCGGGCCAGAGGUGCAGGCUCGCCCUGGCCGGGUGGCCCGGAGGGGACAUCUCAGGACCCCGGCUUCGAGAGGGGCGAGGCGGGGCCCAGGACGUGCCCCGCGCCAUGUGGGGGCACCGGAGGGCAGCCCUGCUCCCUGGGCCUACCCCCGCAGCCCUGUAGCGUGGGGUCCCCGGGUACAGCGGUUUGUGACCGUCCCGCGAGCCCCCCUUCCUCCCCGGGACAGUCCUGAGGCCCACGCCGCGUCUGAGAACAGGAGCGAAGGGAGCGCAGAGAAGCCGGGGCCACAGCUGCGUAAUUUCUCUGUGAUUUUCUGUAUUGCCUCAUGAGUCAAUCAAUUAAACGAGUUUUCUUUUUUC